ACCAGGGGCAUUUCUGCAAAGGCCCCAAGGGCAGAACUGAAAAAUGCGGUAUUUGAAAGUGGUGCCCGGAUUGCAGCAUGGCGCCAGUUGUCGAAAAUCCUACGGUACCGAAGAAGGGGUUUGGAAAAAGGGUGCCAGGCCGAAAAUGGGAUGCAGCCGAAACAGCAAAAAGAUAGACCAGGGAUCGAGCCCUGGCGGAGUCCGUAACAAAAAUGAUGAAGAUGGGGAGGAGGAAGAGGAUGAUUUGGACGAUCCCGACUUCAAGCUGCGUCCACCCGGUCCCAAUGAUGACUCCGAGCCUGAGAUGAGCGACCUCACAAGGUCUUCUCCGCCCAUUGACACAACUCUAGAUGAGAGCAAUGUUUGUUCCGUCUUGCCAGCAUUAUGCCCUUCGAGGACGGACAUGCUUGUCGAUGAUGAGGUUGAUCGGGCUGCAGCAAGGUCCCUUGCUGAGAGGGAUCACGCUAUUGUGAAGGAGUGGAUCGACCGCAUGGCAACAUCAGUGACAAGAGCAGGAGGAGCAACACCUGCAACACUGACAGCAGCAGGUGCAGCAGCGGCAGACACACCUGUAGAAGUCCCAGCAGAAGCAGGAGUGGAAGCAGCAGCGCCAGAUGCUCCCGUAGAAGUGUCAGCAGCAGCAGGAUCAGCAGCACCGUCUGUAACAGUGGCAGCCGUGGUGGCAGCAGCAGUGCCAGAUGCACCCGUGGAAGUGCCAGCAGCAGCAGGAUCAGCAGCACCGACUGAAGCAGCGGCACUGGCAACUGCAGUGGCAGGUGUGGCAGCUGCAGUGACAGGUAUGGCAGCUACAACAAGAGCAGCCGUAGCAGUGGCUGGGCCACCCGUUGUGGCAGAUGCAACAGGGUCAGCUACACCAACUUCAACAAUAGGCGCUGAAGCGCAAGCUGAAGGCAAACAGCUGAAAAAGGAUCAGCAGCAGAUGCCACAGCAGCACCUGCAGGAGUAUGGUUUUCAGCACAAGCAGCAGCAAGAGCAGGAGCAGGAGAAACAGCUUGAGGAACAGCAGAUCCCACAGCAGCAAGAGCAGAAGCAGCACCUGGAGCAGGAGAAGCAGCAACAGCAGCCGGAAAAGCAUGAAAUGAAACAUCUGCAGCUGCAAUAGCGGCAAGACAGUGAGCAGCCGCAACAUGCCGAGACAUCUGCAGCACCGGCACAACACUUGGUCCAGUGCCCUCCUCUCCCGCGCCUGGAUGACAACCUCAUUCGCGACAACCUGGAUAUCAGUAGGGUGGGCAGAAAAAGGAAGCCCAUCCAGCUCAAACGAUUGCUGCCCCGGUAGCCAAACGGGGGCGUGGCAGGCCGCUCAAAGGAGAACAAAGACCUGCGGCUCCA